GUUGACCUGACAGGCAAGUGUCCCACAUGUCAGCUGCAGGUGGGGACUCUCCGCAGGGAGCGAUUCUGCGGGACGCCGGCUGGUUCAGUUGGAGACCAAAUUCUCACCGUGUCGCCGAGGACUGCAUCUGAGCAGUUAACCAAGGAAUCAAUCUGGAGGUUUCCAACCCCCUUAAGAUGUACGGCCUGUACCUGGAGGCGGUAAACGAUUACAUCAAUGAAUCCUACGGGGAGGACGUGUGGAGGCUGAUCGAGAACCGGGCGGAGAUCCCCCACCUCAAGUUCAACCGCCAUCAGAUGUACAAUGACAACCUGAUCCUGCGGCUGGCGAAGGCGGCGGGGGAAGUCCUGGGAAAGACCCACGACGAGCUGAUGUACGCCUUCGGGGUCUACAUGGUCAAGAGGAUUGGGAACUACGGGUAUGAGCGGAUCCUAAAGGUCUUGGGGCGAAACGUGCGCGACUUCAUCAACGAGCUGGACAACCUGCACGAGUACUUCCGCUUCUCCUUCCCCAAAGUGCAGCCGCCGAGCUUCUGCGUGGAGGAGGAGUGCGAGACGAGCCUCACGCUGCACUACCGCAGCACCCGCAAGGGCUUCACGCAGUUCGUCAAAGGCCAGCUCUCUCAAGUGGGGCGGCAGUUCUACAACACGGACAUUGAAGUGGAAAUCCUGUCCAAAGAAGAGACGGAGAAAAUGACGUAUGUGGUUUACAAGAUGAACUUUGACAACGCCGCCUUCAAACACCGCAUGCCGCAGCAGAGGACGGCGCCGGGCUACGAGAAGCUGCCCAUGAAGCGAGGCAUCUUUUUUGUCAUGUUCCCCUUCAGCGUCAUCUUCCGCCGCGACAUGACCAUGUACCGCAUCGGCGACGGCCUCAAAGAGGUCUUCUCUGACCUCCAGGGCAAGAAGGUCGACGAGGAGUUCACCCUGAUCAGACCCAUGCUGGAGUUCAGCUGGGAGAACAUCUACACCCAUUUGAACAACGUGUUUGAGCUGUUGUCCAAAGCGGUGGUGGAGAGCAAGCAGAAAGUCAACAUCUCGACGUCCCAGGAGGAGAACGAGAAGGCGAGGGAAGAAGAAAGAGAGCCCAAGGAGGCGGAGGAGAUGAAGAGCACGGACCAGGAGUACAGCAGCGCUCUCACCCAGUACAACAGCUCCGCCAACUCGGGCGGGGAGGACAUCGAGCUGCUGGCGUUCCAGACCAUCACCGGUAAGUGCAGUGAGACCAUCUUUGAGGACAUGCGAGAGCCUCCGAAGAAGCCCCUCCACCUGAAGGGCCAGAUGAAGUACGUCCCCCAGUGGGACUCCCUCAUCUUCCUCGGGACGCCCAUUAUAGAGACAGUGGAGGACAUGAUAAAGAUGGGCGUGUACGUGAACGACCUGAACCUGCACGACUCCAGCAGGGAGCUGAUUUUGGCCGGGACGCAACAGUCGGCCGAGCUGCAGCUGGCCCUCGACCAGGAGCAACAAAAGUACGCUCAGCUGCAGGAAAUCAUCAAGAAGCUGGACGAGGAGAAGAAGAGAGGAGACUCCCUGCUGUACGCCAUGAUCCCCAAAGCCGUGGCCGACCGCCUCCGGAAGGGGAUCACUGCCCUGGAGACCUGCCAGGUCUUCCCGGAUGUGACGAUCCUGUUCAGCGACGUGGUCAAGUUCAACGAGAUCUGCAUCCACAUCACGCCCAUGCAGGUGGUGGACAUGCUCAACGAGAUCUACAUCGUCUUCGACACGCUCAGCGAGAAGCACAACGUCUACAAGGUGGAGACGAUCCGGGACGCCUACAUGGUGGUGGCCGGCGUGCCCAACAAGACCACCUUUCACGCGCACCACAUCUGCGACAUGGCCCUGGACAUGCUGAGCUCCAUCGACCACCUCAAAGACCCCUCCACCGGGGACAACAUCCAGAUCAGAGUCGGUGUCCACUCGGGUAUGGUGGUCGCCGGCGUGGUGGGUCUGAAGAUGCCUCGCUACUGCAUGUUUGGCGACACCGUGAAUACAGCCUCGAGGAUGGAGAGCAACGGAGUGGGCAUGCAGAUACACAUCAGUCAGACCAGCAAAGACCACCUGGAACACGAGCCCUACAUCAUCGAGGAGAGGGGCAAGAUCUUUGUCAAGGGUAAAGGGUACAUGAAGACCUACUGGUUGAAAGGGAAGAGGGACCUGUCGUUCAAGACCCCGGCGGAGAUGCGCUACAGCAGCGAGCAGAAGGACUCGGAGGAGAAGAGCUCUAAUGGCUCCAUGAGCACCAACGCCAAGCGCAUGAGCUCCAACCUCAACAUCGGCGGCAGCGAGGAGCACGCCGAGGGGAAGCAGAGCCCCAGCGACCUCCCGCCGGACGCUUUGCCCCCGGCGGGAGACGCCGCCGAGCCCCCCGGCGGGUCGGCCGAGGCCGGGGGGGAGAGGGCCAAAAGGACCAAGAACAACAAGGGGGCCAAGCUGGAGGUGCCCCAGGGGGACGCUCCGCCGGCGGUGUCGGCGGCGUCCUCGUCGCCCGCCGGCGGGCCGGAGAACGCGGCGCCUCACCUCGCCAUCAAGAGGAACAGCUUCAUGCAGCAGUGCGCCAAGCUGCCCGCCAACCUGCCCAUGCGCAGCGGCUCCUGCUGCGUCCUGUGAGCGGGGUCACGGGUUGAGAGACCACGAGGCGACGGGGGGGGAUGUCACGCUGAGAAUAUCAUUUCAGUGUGAAUCAGGGGGAAAAAAUGGAAAAUAAAAAAUAACGUCUACGUUCGAAA